UUGAGGAGCGUCGCGUCAGAGAACGCCGACUGAGUCAACUGUAGGUGUCACUGUAGGGAAAAUUAGUUGCUCACAGUCAUCAAGUACUCUGGAAAAAGUGGAUAUCAGCUCACAUGCGUUUGUUGUUGCUGUGCAUUGUUGCCGCCAGUCAUGCCUAGCCGCAACUUCCUAGAACCUGCCUUGCAAUUGUUCUGUGAUUCGUCCAAGUUUGCACAGUUUGGUAAAGGCCAUAGAAGAGUCAUUAAGUAUUAAUAGUCUAGAAUUCCCAACGUUUUCCGGAUCAAACAACCAGAUUGAGUUGUCGCAUCCCUCCCCCGAACCACCUCCGCAACCACCUCCGCGCACACACCAUGAGUCCCGCACAAGACAUUGCCGGCAGCGGCAUCAGCCAACUCGCACGUCAAGUGUCCAACAGCCUCAACCUCAGCACCAGUCCAAACCUCUCCUUCCACAGCCCGCCCUCCACAUUUCGCCAACCACCAGGCGGCAGCUUCAACAGCCAAAAUCAAACCAACAGCUCGCAUGCGCAACAGCUCGCCAAGCAAUUGAAGCCUUUCGAUACCAAGGACAUCAAGGUCCUGCUCCUCGAAAAUGUCAACGAAGCCGGUGUCGAGAUUCUCAAGGGCCAGGGAUACCAGGUCGAGGCCAUCAAGGCCAGUCUGGCAGAGGACCAGCUGAUUGAGAAGAUUCGCGAUGUCCACGUCAUUGGAAUUCGCUCAAAGACGAAGCUCACCAAGAAGGUGCUGGAGGAGGCAAAGAACCUCAUCGUCAUCGGCUGCUUCUGUAUCGGAACAAACCAGGUCGACCUCCAGACUGCCGCCAGCCAGGGUAUCGCCGUCUUCAACUCGCCCUUCAGCAACUCGCGCUCCGUCGCAGAACUUGUCAUCUCCGAGAUCAUCGCGCUCGCCCGUCAGCUCGCCGACCGCUCUAUGGAGCUACACAACGGCACAUGGAACAAGGUCAGCAAGGGCUGCUGGGAGAUUCGCGGCAAGACGCUGGGUAUAGUCGGAUAUGGUCACAUUGGUAGCCAACUGAGUGUGCUGGCUGAGUCCAUGGGCAUGAGCGUCAUCUACUACGACGUUCUUACCACAAUGGGUCUGGGAACUGCGCGACAAGUAGCGACGCUGGACGACCUACUUGCACAAGCAGACUUUGUCUCUCUUCACGUUCCGGCUACCUCUGAGACCAAGAACUUGAUUGGCAAAGAACAGUUCGCAAAGAUGAAGGACGGCAGCUAUCUCAUCAACAACGCCCGUGGUACUGUUGUCGACAUUCCCGCCAUGAUCGAGGCCAGCCGCUCUGGCAAACUCGCAGGUGCCGCCAUCGACGUCUUCCCCAACGAACCCGCCGGCAACGGCGACUACUUCUCCAGUGACCUCAACUCCUGGACCAAGGACCUCGUUGGUCUGAAGAACAUCAUCCUCACUCCCCACAUUGGUGGCAGCACCGAAGAAGCGCAGUCCGCCAUUGGUGUCGAAGUCAGCACAGCACUCGUCCGCUACGUCAACGAGGGUACCACGCUCGGAGCCGUCAACUUGCCAGAAGUCAACCUACGUAGCUUGACUCUCGACCAACCAGACUGCAUGCGUGUCAUCUACAUCCACAAGAACGUACCGGGUGUGUUGAGACAAGUCAACGGUAUCCUUCUCCACCACAACAUCGAGAAGCAAAUGUCCGAUUCAAGAGGCGAUGUCGCGUAUCUCAUGGCGGAUAUCAGUGAAGUCAAGGAGGGUGAGAUUAGGGAUUUGUUUACCAGCUUGGAGGAGCUUUCUUCAUGUAUCCGUACCAGGGUCCUGUACUAGGCGGACAGUCCUUCCCAGGAUCGCGAACAAAGACACGAGGAUGCUCAGAAGCGUUCUCCAUCCUCGGUUGACCUCGUUCAGCAACAUCAAAACGAUACGGCUUCUGAUAUCUUGGGUUCGCUGCCGCAUAUCCGUGACCUCAAAAGUAUGGGUACAAGGCUAUCGUACGGCGUCUGAUUGAUUUUGCAUAUACACUGGCUAGGAAAGAACAGGGAUAGAAAAGUAGAGUUCAACACUGCGUUGUUUAUUACUAGCAUUCUGAAUGAGAUACAUGAGAUCCACGAGAUAAGAAGAGAAGAGAAACCUCGUCCUUAACCACAACUCUGGCCCUAACCCUACGACACACAGCGGUUACAGGGUUAGCUUACUUACUCCCACUACUUCAGUUGUUCACUCUUCUUCAGUUAGUCACUCUUGUUGUAAUAGUUAUUUUAACCUUUUUCUUCGAAAUAUUUCAACCUUUAUUCAGCCUGCAAUCUUUUUAC